AUUAGACUAAAAACAUCUAUACAGCUUUUCUCGCCUAUCCGUUCCCUUGUCGAUAUAGCAAAAUGAACGAUUCACGGUCUCGUCGCAGUAGUUUAGAAGAAACAAACACCAUAGUCGACGUAGAGAUCAAUGCGUACGGUGGUGAUGAUGAUAUAUCCAACAAGAAAGCCGAGUUACAGCAGCACCCACCUACUGAUCCGGGACGAUUUGCAGGAUUUCGCCGUGGCCUUUUGAUUUUCGGUAUCGUCUUGGCUAUGUUCAUGAUCUCGCUUAAUACAACCGUAAUUGCACCAGCAAUGUCAAUUAUCACAACAGAUCUUACAGACGACGUCAGCUUGCAGACUUGGAUCGCCACUGCAUACCUAUUAGCAUUCAAUUCAUCUCAACCUCUCUCUGGAAAGUUUUCUGAUAUCUUUGGAAGGAAACCGAUCCUUAUAUUCGGAAUCUUUGUAUUCUUUGCUGGAUCUUUGAUCAACGCACUCACACCAAACAUGCAGGGCCUCAUUGCAGGUCGUACUGUCCAAGGUUUGGGAGGCGGUUGUGUCAUGACGAUCGCAUAUGUGCUUGUUCCUGACUUAGCACCACUUCACUUGAGACCACGUUUCCAAUCUGGAUUGACUGUCGUUUACGGCUUGGCUAGUGUCGUUGGCACGCUGAUUGGUGGCGCCUUUGUGGACAAACUGACAUGGCGCUGGGAUUUUUGGCUUAAUGUGAUCCUUGGUGGAACCGCCCUUAUCAUUGUUACUUUACUGCUGAAAGAACCAACCAAGAUUGAAAACACUUCCUUCUUUGCCAAGUUAAAACGUAUUGAUUUCCUCGGCGUGAUCCUUGUCAUUUCGUUUGUUUGCUGUUUACUAUUAGCACUCAACUGGGGUAGAGCUUACGGAUGGUCGAGUGGACACUCUCUCGGCCCGUUUAUUGCCGCGGCGGUGUCGUUGGUCGGACUAAUUGUAGUCGAAGGAUGGGUUGCAGCGGAGCCACUUCUGCCACCUGAAAUCAUUUUGAAUCCUGCCAUUUCGAUUUUCUAUCUCUACAUCAUAUGCCUUGGUCUUGGCUUCAUUGGAACUUUGUACUAUGGCCCCAUCAUGUUCCAAGCGGUGUUUGGCGCCGACAGCACAGGAUCAGGUAUUCACUUGAUCCCGUACAUGGCAUGCUUGAUUGUUGCGUCCAUCGGUAGUGGCUUGGUAUUGCCUUUGUUCCCUUAUGUAAAGUUCUAUCUUAUGCUUGCAUCUGUGUGUAAUAUCAUUGGCUUCGGUCUCUUUUACACUGUCAACGAGAAUAGCUCAUGGGCUCAACAGUCUUGUUACCUGAUGCUGUGUGGAUUUGCCUUUGGCUUAUCACAACAGAAUACCAUCAUGGGUGUGCAAAGCGCUGCAGACAAAAAGUAUAUUGCUGUAGCUACCGCUUUAACGAACUUUUUCAUGAUGCUCGCAUGCUCCAUCGGUGUUGCCAUUUGCGAAACGAUGUUCCAGCUAUUUCUUGCUCAUCAACUCUCUACCAUUGAUCCUGAUACUCUGGCUGUCGCACAUGAAUAUGGCGCCGAUUCCAACUAUUUGUACCUUAAAAACAUGCCCGCAGAUACACAACAACCUCUUAUCCAUGCUUACAUGAAUGCGUUAAACAAGGUUUUCAUUAUGCCUCUUGUUGCUGCUGGUGUAGCUGUCAUCUGCGCGUUUGCUGCCAAGAAUACUCGCUUUGGAGCAAGCGAGAACAAGGCAGCUGCAACAACGAAUGACGAAAAGGUGCUUUCCGAAAAAGAGGAACGCAUCGCAUAAUUGCUAAUACGCAACGGCUUAUAGUCACCAAAAUAGCAGGAGUAACUUUUCCUCCGCACACACACAUCGCCCACCCACUUCUUUUAUCAUGAUAGAAAAAACUCAUUAUAUACAACAAUGUACAUUUAAAAGCAUCACCCACCUACUCACUGUAUCUCUCCAUUGAUUAUACAUAAUUACAUAUCACUUUAUAAAAAGACACUAUUAAAGCAAAACCACGUACUAGAGAGAUUGUUGAGCGACUAAAGAAUAUCGGAUGAGUACAGUAGGAUACAUGCUAAGUGCCAAGUGGCACAAUAUCUAGUGUUAAGGAGCUUACUGUUGGCUUAGAAGUCGUAUAUGUGUUUGUGCUACUUAUCCA